UAUUAUAUGUACAUAUGUAAGUAAGUACGGGUACGAGUACCUGUUACAUAUUUUUCAACGAAAAUCUAAAAGAAGCGAAACACGCAAGAAAAAGGGUUGACUUGGGCAACCGAACCAUCCUUCGCAGCAAAAUCCAUGUCACAAAUCUACUGAUUUUUAUACACACGUACACGUACGUAUGUUAUGCAAAUAAGAAUAAUCGCUACAGUCGAGCGCCGCGUUUAAUAAGGUUAUAAUGAUGACCAAUUCUAAAACAACAAUAUUGCUAGACAUAGACGACAUAGAACACCAUAUAAAGAAUGUGAAGUAACUGGCGAUGACGUCACUGUCCAAAUAUUACGAUGGCAGGCAUUACAAGUAUUUUGAUCGCAUUAUAUGCUAUUUUAACUUUAUGUCCGUCUACAACAACUCCUCAGCAAAACUUAAACGCAGAGAAAAAUAUUGAAGAAAUAUUUAACACCAACAGUAAUCUGCAACACAAAACACCUGUACAAGAAAUCACUGGAAUCGGAUUAGUAGUUACACCUGAGCCUUUGAGGCCAGAUAGUCCACAUUCCGGUUUUAAUUCAAUUAGUGGUAAAUCUUCAGAAUGUAAUUGCGUACCCUAUUAUAAAUGCGACCCAUCUACAAAUAGCGUAACAGAGGAUGGUUCGUUUGACGGAUUUGGUGUAAUAGAUAUACGCUUCAACACUGAUGAUCCGAUAUGUCCUGCAUCUGUAGACGUAUGUUGUUCGGAUAACAGGACACGUAGUGAGAUAUUAAAUCCAACGCCUUUAGUUCAAAGGACAAACCAAUCACUAGGCUGCGGUGUUCGAAACAUAGGUGGAUUAGAUUUUACUCUUUCGGGGGUAACGCAAAAUGAAGCUGGCUUUGGCGAGUUUCCAUGGACAGUAGCUUUAUUGCACUUAAAAAACUUGAGCUAUUUUUGUGCUGGAUCACUUAUACAUCAACAGGUGGUUUUAACAGCGAUACACUGUGUUGAGCGUCAUGGAAUAGGAACCUUUAUGGUUCGAGCUGGAGAGUGGGAUACACAAACAACGAAAGAGCGUUUACCUUAUCAAGAAAGAACAGCAAAAGCUGUUGUUACUCACCCUGAAUACAAAAGCAGGAACAUAGCAAAUGAUUUCGCACUUGUAAUUCUAAGUCAACCUUUCGUAUUAGACGAUCAUAUCAACGUAAUAUGUUUACCAAAACAAGAUUCUAUACCAGCAGCAGCAACCACAUGUUUUUCCACAGGCUGGGGAAAAGAUGCAUUCGGUUCCUUAGGAAAAUAUAGCGCAAUAAUGAAAAGUGUUCCCCUACCCAUUGUCGAAUUUAACUAUUGUCAAGUUCUUCUCAGAAGCACUAGACUAGGACCUAAGUUCGCCUUAGACAGAUCAUUUAUUUGCGCGGGUGGGCAGCGCGGCAUUGAUACCUGCCAAGGCGAUGGUGGAGCCCCACUUGCUUGUCCAAUUGGAAUGGUAUCUGAAAAUCGAUAUCAGCAAAGUGGUAUAGUUGCUUGGGGUAUUGGUUGCAACGAUGAAGUGCCAGCAGCUUAUUCUAGCGUUGCCUUGGCGCGAACUUGGAUUGACAAAGAAAUGUUAGCCCACGGUUUCGGAACGACUGCCUACAAUGCUUGACUUGGUGACUCCAAUUCUGAAAAAGUAUACUAUAUUAUUUCUUUUAUUAUGGAUACAGUAAUAAAUGUUUGAGUUUUCAUUGUACCACAA